AUGGAGUAUCACGUUGAAUAUGACUCUAAAGAGUCUGGUAAAACUGAGAAGGAGGCUUUUGUACAAAACUCAUUUAAGGAAACAAAUGGAAAAGGAAGGAAAAGACUGUUCUUCAUCUUAUCCGUAUCAGUUAUAGGCCUGUUAGCUGGAUCUGCAUUUUAUUUUACACGCAUGGACAAGAACACCAAUGAUGAACCCCAGGACAAUACCACAUAUGGAGUUAGCAACAGUGAUGACUUUAUUAUCACUAGUUUAUUGAAAAGCCCAGGUGGAAAAAAAUUCAUUGUGUCCAAAUUAAAAGAAUUAAUAUCUUCAUAUGAUGAGGAUGUUAACUUGAAUAAAGCAAGACGGGAAUCCACUGAAGCGAAGAGCACCUCCGUUGCUACAAUUAACCAACAGAAGCAUGGAAAUUUUAAAGUGCCUACAAAUGUGAACAUCAACUUUGCCGACUCCAGAUUUUUGAUGACCAAUUUGGAGAAUGUCAAUUCGUUUUACCUCUUCAUUAAGGAGCACGGAAAGGAAUACAAGACACCAGAGGAGAUGCAACAAAGAUACCUCGCUUUUGCAGAAAAUUUCGCAAAGGUAAAGGCACACAACAGCAAGAAGAAUGUUCUGUACCAAAAAGGAAUGAAUAAGUUUGGUGAUAUGUCCUUUGAAGAAUUUGAAAAGAAAUAUUUGACCCUGAAAAGCUCAGAUUUAAAGGCGUAUAAAGGAAAGCUAAAUAUAGUGUCCAACUACGAGGAUGUAAUUGACAGAUACAAACCAAAGGAUGCUACCUUCGAUCGUACCAAUUAUGACUGGAGACUACACAAGGGUGUAACCCCUGUAAAGGACCAAGGCGAUUGUGGAUCUUGCUGGGCCUUUAGUACCGUGGGAACUGUGGAGUCACAAUACUCAAUUAGAAAAAACGAAUUGGUAUCCUUAAGUGAGCAACAAAUGGUAGACUGCUCUCGUCAGAACAAUGGCUGCGAUGGAGGUAACAUCAUAAAAGCCUUUGAGGACAUGAUUGAAAUGGGAGGACUCUGUGAAAAUAAAGAAUAUCCAUAUGUCGAGAACGUACCAGAAAUGUGCAAAUAUAAGAGUUGUGAAAAGAAAUACAAAAUUAAUACCUUUGUAGAAGUACCUCAAUAUAAUUUUAAAGAGGCCGUUAGAUUUCUGGGACCCUUAAGUGUUAGUGUGGCUGUAAGUGAUGACUUUGCCUUUUACCAAGGAGGUAUUUUUGAUGGAGAAUGUGGCCGUGAGACGAACCAUGCUGUUAUUCUAGUAGGUUUUGGAGUUGAAGAUAUUUACGACUCUGAUACCAAUACCACCAAGACACACUACUACUACAUUAUUAAGAAUUCCUGGGGAGCCUCAUGGGGAGAGAGAGGAUUCAUUCGAAUGGAGACCGACAUAAAUGGAUACAGAAAGCCGUGUUCCCUUGGCCUGGAGGCCCUAGCUGUUCUUGUGGAAUAA